AUGGCGGCGCGAGCUGAAACUCGAGGAAGCGCCGCCCGCAAGGAUUUCCGGGACGCGAUUAGAGGAGUCCCCACAUGGAGAGAAGUACUGUCUUUCUCCGCUACGGAGAGAAGAGUUGUUGGGUGGGAAGAGCAACAGGAAGGAGGGGUGAGAUUGGGAAGAGUGACGAGAUGGACAGGGCAGGGAAACAAAGGGAAGAGAGAGAAAGACGAGGCCUUAGGAAACCCACCUUGA